AUGGACCACCCAUUACUACAGCAGAAAGACCCCACUGCAUAUAAUAACAACAAUGUCGCCAACAAGGCGAAGGUAUGGUGCAAACUGUGCUAUGCUAUUCGAGUAGAAGAAGAGAAAAGGCUCGACACACAGCAGGUUGCCUUUGGCGUACGGGCAGCACUACGGGAUGAGCCAUUGAUUGUCAACAUGUUUCUAGUAUGGGCUCAUGAUGCCAACGACCCGAACCGAGGAUGGCUACGCGCUGCAACACACACAUUGCUCAACCACCUACGCAACUGCUUAUUACAGCCAAGGGAGAUCUCUGCACGAGCUGCUCAAGAACUUCCUCCAGCGGGACCUCAGGCACGAAUCACAGCUCCCGCAAUGACUUAUUCGUAUAGCACACCACAACCUAGUCAUAGCACGAUGGAGUGGGGUCCACAAUUUUCCGAUUUUGUGGGCCAUCAGGCCAAGAAGAGCGCAGAUGGGCAUGCUGCCACAGUUCAAUGUGAUGGCUGGACAGCUGAGAACUUCCAUCACUUCAUUGCUUUCAUGAUCACAGCAGAUCGAAAAGUGCAUACUGUUCGGGUGCACGAUGCAUCAAAUGAGAGAAAAACAGCCGAAAGUUUGCUGCGCUUGAUGGAGGACGUCAUUCAAGAACUUGAAACCAAAUGGCACGUGGAGGUUGUUGCUUUUACAACAGAUGCGUCGGGUGAGUCCCGCAAAGCUCGCGCAAUGCUGGUCGCAAGAUACCCGAAGCUUGUCACUCCGGAUUGCUAUGGCCACCAGAUCAAUCUUUGUGUCGGAGAUUACAUAAGAGUAGAAGUCUCCACAUUUCUCUGCUAUGCAGAAAAAGCGUGCGAGCUCAUCACCUGGUUACAAAGCAAAACAUAUGUUCUUGCUUUAAUGCAAGAUGAAAUGGUUGCUGCAGGUAAACAACCACUGACAGUGAUCCGUGCUGUUUUCAGUCGCUGGACGGCACACUACCUUGCCUUCUGCCGGCUCCUGCAACUUCAACCGACACUCGAUCUUCUCGAAAGGCGAGAUCAACAACGUAACGAGAGGGAUCAGCAACUUGUACCAUAUUCAGCAACUGUUCAGGCAAGGAAUACAGCCUGCAAGCACAUCAAAACGAUCUCAAGUCCUAUUUUCUGGCAAUCUUUAGCACGUAUUAAAAAUCACCUCGAGCCUCUUGCAGUUGCUGCGAACAUCACACAAACUACACCGUACCAACUCGUGACACAAACAGCAUUCUGUCGUCUCGACGAGGUAUUGCUGACAUUUGGCUCUUUAACAAUGAGAUACAAGGUGCUCCCUGAUGCGAGCUCUCCGGAAAUCUGUGCAAUACUCAAUAGUAUUGAGAAGCGCUGGAGCAAGGCUGAUCAGAAGGUUUUCAUCGCUGCCGUAAUCCUUAAUCCAUUCUUGAAAACAACCCCUUUCCAUCACCAGAGAUUCACCACAGUCGCUGGUAUUCACAUGCUUUUUUCACGACUGUGGACUCGUUUCUUUUCCACUACUGCCCCAAUCUUGCUAUUGACCAACAUUCAAGACUACCUCAACAAUAAAGGGGACUUCGACGAUCUGGAAUCCUUUUGUGAUACAGUUGAACUGCAUGCGCAUUCUCAGAAUCAGAGCCCCGAUCCACUUUCCGUUUAUCAAGGCAUGUCGCACACCAAUGAUCCAAAUCCCCCACCAGUGCAUGUUCUUGCAAGGCGCAUACUGUCUAUCUGCGCAAACUCCGCCUCAUGUGAACGCCUAUUCAGCAUUUUUGGCACAAUCCUCACCAAGCUUCGUAAUCGCAUGCGUACCGAGACUCUCAUAUCGCUUGCAGAGCUCAAGAUGCACAUCCGAGACGAACAUCGUGCCCAGAAUGCUAAGGCAUGUCUGAAGAGGAAGUUUGGACGCGAGGGACCCAACCCAGUUACUGAGCAGCCCAUGAAUUCAGCGACAUCUUUCCAGGCGAUCAGCGACAUUGCUUCAGUAGAUGCACACACACCUGCAGAUCCCGAUGAUAACGCGACGACAAAUCACACUGUUGCAGCAGACCUCCGUGAGAUGGCGCACUCGUUCACGCAAAUGGUCAGUAACGACGAGGAUGCAGAGCCGGUGCGAUUUCCAAGUAAAAUCUCAAUCAGUAUCAUAGAGCUUUUCGACUUCACAAUGAGUAGCUGGGUGGAAAGGUAUGAGAGGAAUGCACACCGUAGUCUCGAAGAUGAGCUUGAGUUCUAUGAGCUGAUAGACCUGGAUGCCGAAGGCGAGGAGGACGACACUAAUUUCAGUAGUAUAGACGAGACUUUAGAUACAAUACUUGAUACAUAA